AUGGCCGCUCAGUCUGAUGGAGGGGGAUGGGGAGGAACGGGGGAGGGUGUGGAGGAGGGGGGGUUUGAUGGAGACACGGAGGGAGACUGUCAGCCUCUGGACUCCGCAGCCAUCCACAUCUGUCUCUGUUGCCAUUCUGCUGUCUGCUAUUGGGGCUGUCGCUCCAACUGCCUGGGAAACCUGCUGGGGGAGAACACUACUGGGUAAGUGUGCGUGCGUGCAUGUGUGUGUGUGUAGUAUGAUAAUUGUCUCGGCUAUUCUCAUUUUUACCCUUUUGCCAUUAUUACUAUGAUCAUUAUUAUUAUAGAGGGAUCGGAGGGACCGGAGUUGGCGGGGGUAGCGGUUUAAGAGAGACUCGCUGCCCGCCAGAGGAGGGCCUGUGGCUGGACUGUUUCUGGCUGAUCCUGGCUCUCCUCGUCUUCUUCUGGGACGUGGGAACGGACCUACUUCUCGCUGCAGACUACUAUACCAGACAGGACUAUCUGUGGUUUGGCCUGACGCUUUUCCUUGUGCUGGUGCCGUCGAUAGUGGUUCAGAUCCUGAGCUUCCGCUGGUUCAUCCAGGACUACAGCGGAGAGUGUCUGACCACCUGGCUGGGGACGGUGGACUGCAGCAAGGGAGGAGAGAGAGAAAAGCUGACCAGGCGAGGGCCAGCCGACCAAAGAUGGGUUUAUCCUUGGACAGACCGGGUUAGAGCGGCCUCAGUGUGGCUGUGGCAGAUCACCAUACACAUUCUACAGCUGGGACAGGUCUGGAGGUAAGGACAGAGCAUGUCACCCUGUUCUCUCCUCCUCUCUCUUUCUCUACUGUCUAAUGAGGUCCAUGCAAUAGACCACAUACUUUAUGUGAGUUUGGCUGCAUGCAUCUGUGUUUGCGGUUUACCUUCCUUAGACAAUAUAUGAGAAAUGAAUAGCUUUGCUUUUGUGUGAGUGAAAAAAUAAUCUGGGGACUUGUCAGGACAUUCUGGUCCUGAUAAGGUAGGACACAUUUUACAGACACACACACACCAUGCACAGCUCUACAACAGGCAACACUGAAUCUACAAAAAACUACAGUAAGUAGCAUUAGCAAGGCUACUCGAACCAUCCACUUGACCAAAUGGCCAUAUUAGCAACAAAGGGCACGUGUGCAGAACAUGGGCAGAAGCUGCACUGACCUGAAUAAAGCUGAUUUUCCCACCGUUAGGUAAAAACAGUUUAAUCAAUCGAUUUUCAUUUUCUCUUGCGUUUGCGCUACACCCUAGAAAAACACUACAUCAAAAAAUCCUGACUGAACACCAAUGGUCAAAGCCCCCCCCCCCCCCCCCCCCCCCCCCCCUCUCCUAAAUGAGAGUCCUCUGAGGAGCGUUUGGACCGUCCAUGUUUGACUAGUAAUGCACUGAGCAUUCAAAUACAAGGUGGGCUGGGGCGCCUGACUGACUGUAUGACUCCUGUAUGACUGUUUGACACACACACACCAGGUCAUGUGGUUUCUUGCAUGUUUUUAUAAAGGCUCACAGUGAAAAGAACAACCCUGUCCCUCCCCAGUGGUGUGUGUCUGCAUGUGUGCCCAUGUGUAACACUUCCCCUAAUGGAGUGGCCUGUCCCAAAGAGUGGUGUAUGUGUGUGGAAUGGUUCAGUCUGAUUGAGAUAGAUCACUGUGAGAUGGAGGGAGGGAGUAGAAGGGAGAGAAAAAAGAGCUUGAACACGCAUAACAGUAGUGAAGGGGGGAGGGGAAGGAGAGAGAGAGCGAGAGAGUGAAAGGAUGGAUAACAACAUACAAUUUUUACGCAAAUGAAACUCAAAUCAAUUAGGUUCUCUCUCUUCUUCCUCUGUAGUGAUGUGGCAUUUUUCCAUUUUCUCUGGUAAAAUGUGUGUGUCUGCCUGUGUGCGCAUGCAUGUGUGUGUUUCUAAGUGGCCAGUGAAUUAUUGAUGUCAUAUGACAGUUGCUCAUAUGAUGCAGCCCAGAUGGUUGUAUAAGCAGGUCUAUGCACAUGCACACACAAACACACACACACACACACAGCCUGGGGCACUCAGUAAUUGAUCUUAUUCAUUCAAACAGGUUCUAUCUCUCACUGGGCCAUGAUGGAGGUAUUACAGGGGGCAUGAUGAUUGACCUCUCACCUCCAACCUCUGACCCCCAGGUAUAUCCGUACGUUAUACCUGGGUAUCCAGUCCCACCGAAUGAAGGAGCAUAAGGAGGCUCAGAGGAGGUUCUACUGGGCCAUGAUGUUUGAGUACGCAGACGUCAACAUGCUGAGGCUACUGGAGACCUUCCUGGAGUCAGCUCCUCAACUAGUACUACAGCUCUGCAUUAUGAUACAGCAGAACCGUGCUGAAACUCUACAGUGUACGUAUACACAUACAGUUCACACACGGUACACAUAUCACACACACUCACUCGUCAACUAGUAUUAUCAAGAUGAGAAUCAAUCCCUCUCUCUCUAGGUAUAUCUAGUCUAGGCUCUCUUCUGUCUCUAUCCUGGGUGUUGGCUUCGUACCACAAGCUCCUGCGUGACUCCAGGGAUGACCAGCGUAGUCUGAGUUACCGCGGUGCCCUUCUCCACCUUCUCUGGCGCCUUUUCACCAUCUCCUCCCGCGUUCUCUCUCUCGCCCUCUUCGCCUCCCUCUUCCACCUGUACUUUGGCAUCUUUGUGGUGCUCCACUGGUGUGGCAUGGCGCUGUGGGUGGUGCAUGGAGGAACAGACUUCUGUAUGUCUCGCUGGGAGGAGGUGCUGUUUAACAUGGUGGUGGGCAUCGUCUACAUCUUCUGUUGGUUCAACGUCAAGGAGGGACACACCAGGGGACGCAUGGUUGCUUACUACUCUGUGGUACUGGCUGAGAAUACACUUCUCACCGGACUGUGGUAUGUAGACAGACAGACAGACACACCAAUGUGUUUUAUCUUGUAAUAGAUGUAUCUAUCAUGAUUGUGCAGAGACAAAUGUUUGUGCGUGCAUAUCAUAAUAGUUGCGUGUGUGUGUGUUACAGGUAUGUGUAUCGUGACCAUGCAGAGACAGACAACUACGCGGUACCAGCGUUGUGUGGUGUUUACCUGUCCUUUGCGGGUGGAGUACUGGUGAUGCUUCUAUACUACAGCCUUCUCCACCCCUCACACACACACCCCACCUUGGCCUCAACCUGCUGUGACGAGCUGCUGUGGGGUAACCCCCUGCCCCCAUCCGCCCCGCCCACCCCAGCCCACCUGGCCACCCCUUCCCACAGUGAUGACGUCAUCGCAGACAGCUGUCUGCCGGUGUUCCAGGUGCGUUCGGAGCCCCCCACCUCACGUCGUUUCGAGGGUCCUCUGAUAAAGAUUGACAUGCCCAGGAAACGUUACCCGGCCUGGGAUGCUCACUACGUGGACAGACGGCUGCGAAGAACCAUCAACCUACUG